AUGCCUUCCACUUCUCCACCCGUCUCCCUCCUCACAGCAUCAAAAGUCAUUCUACCACUCCUAUCUGUUCUGGGCUACUACCUAACGCACUAUCUCAUCGCUCACAAUGGUACUGUCGACCGCAUGGUCCAGAUCCGCGAUGUUGGCCCACGUCUCCUGCCAGGCACUUCCGAGCCCGUCCGUACAGUCUACACGGGUAUCCCCUACAUUGACGACCAAUUAGGCAUUCUCACCGUUAUUUUCUGGGAACAAGUCGAUGGUUCCAGGCCUGAUGCGAGCUUGUUCGCAUUUUACUUUGGCGCGCAAAUCUUCCCGGCUUGGGGAGUGAUCAUGGUGGAAGGCUUGCGGAAAGCCAACAGGGGACGAUUGAUUUCGUACACCGCGGUGUGGGGCAUGCUGAUGCAGAUGUUCGCCAUGGCCUGCGUUGUCCCAAUCAUGUUGCUUCUCCACCUUUUCACAUCACCUACUGUCACAUCGACAAAUCCGGAAGACUUCAUGCUGGAUGCAUCGGACAUCCUGACAAUCUACACCUCCCUCGCGAUUGGCUUAGUAGCGCCUUCGUUUCUUAUGGCUUUAGCUGCCCCGACCGUCAUCAGUUUUGACACGAAGCAGAUCUUGAUCGCAGUAUGGCAAUUCUUCCCUCUCUGGGUUGGCAUUGCACAGCAAGUACCCUCAUUGUUGCUGAAGCGUGAUGAGAAGAAUUCGCGGAACGGAAAAAUUGUACGUGGUUCAGUGCGCGCAAUGCGGUUUAUGUACGGAGCUCUGCUUGCCCACGCAGCUUAUAGCCUCUUGUCGACCUUUCAGUCCGUAGGCAUUUCGGAAGUCUUUCCAGACUUGUUUUCAGCCAAAUAUCAGGGGGUCUGGAAUUUUCGAAGAGUGUUCAUACCGAAAGCUAUCACUCCAGCAGUGAAGGUAGACUCAAUUGGAAGCGGCUUUUUCCAGCUCCUGCAGUAUGAUUACAUCAUUGGUAGUGUUGCAGUGGUGCUGUGGGGCGUCACCUUAUCGAGAUUGAGAAUCGGCUGGACAUCGUUGGCUCUGGGUGUUGCGGCCCUCGCCAUAGCAGGACCUAUGGGCCUGCUCGUGGUCUUGAUCUGGACACGCGAUGAGACGAUAUUCGGGCAGCAAGAAGAAGGCAAAAAGGAUCAUUAA